CUCAUAAGCUUCCCUAAAGCCAAGCGGUAAAGAGUCAAACCUGCCUGCGUCUGUGCUGCUGGCUCAUCUGGACUGAGACCUUGGUCCAACACACAUCCACACAGUACACAGGAGCACAAGGAGAGAGGCGAUAACCGAGGGCCAACUUCGAUUGCAGUCCCCUUGCGCUGUAAUUCAACACAGCACCAUGAGUGAGUCAGUAGAAUCCACAUCAUCACCAUCAUCACACCCUGUGGACAAAGACCAGUCAGCCUCCUGCCCUGCUGCCACAGCCCCUCGCAGACCAGUCCGGCUCCAGGAGAGACGGGGAUCCAAUGUGUCCCUGGUGCUGGGCGUGAGCAGUCUCAGUCUGGAAGCAGUGGAGACCCUAUGCUCCAUCUCCACUCCCAGAGAGACCAUCCUCCACCUGCUGAGGACCUCAACACGCCCUCUGACCCCCUCUCAGCUGKAGGAGGCGUCUGAAGAGACCAGCAGGCUGAACUCAGAGUACCAGAAAAUUCCUCCAAACUUUGUGAACCCUUCAGAGCUGGAUAUUCCCGGACGGGCUUUAAAAGACAGAUACAAGACCAUACUGCCAAAUCCUGAGACCCGUGUGUGUCUGAGGAACCACGCAGCAGAGGAGGGGGGUGAGACUGAGAGAUACAUCAACGCAAACUACAUAAAGGGUUACAACGGUGCACCUAGCGCCUACAUCGCCACCCAGGGCCCCAUGCUCAACACCGUGCAUGACUUCUGGGAAAUGGUGUGGCAGGAGAGAUCCACCUCCAUUGUCAUGAUCACCAAGCUGAAGGAGAAGAAAGAGAAGUGUGAGCUUUACUGGCCAGAGAAGGAGGGCAGCUAUGGCAGAUUUGAGCUCAGAGUGGCCAUUGUGAAAGAAUGUGAUGGCUACACAAUUCGAGACAUAAUUAUUCAGGUGGGCUCAGAGAGCAGGCAGGUGAGGCACUACUGGUACUCCACAUGGCCAGACCACCAGACUCCAGACUGCACUGGGCCUCUGCUCAGACUGGUGUCAGACGUGGAGGAACACAGGCAGUCCCACCCCAGCCUAGGAACCACCAUCGUCCAUUGCAGUGCAGGGAUUGGUAGAACAGGUUGUUUCAUCGCCAGCAGCAUUGGAUGCCUGCAGUUAAAACACACCAGUAAGGCUGACGUGCUUGGAAUCGUCUGCAAGCUACGCCUCGACAGGGGUGGUAUGAUACAGACCAGUGAGCAGUACCAGUUCCUGUACCUCACCCUGGCCCAGUACAGCCGACAGCUGGUGAACACAGACUGUGGCUCAGAGAGCCCUGUCCUUGUCCCUAUCCAGACCGGCAGUACUACAGGAGAAACGCGGUGACAGAGAAAGCCCAGCUGAAGCUCUGUCUUUCUGUAUGGGAGAACAAGAUUCUGGAACUAUGUCUUUCUGUAUGGGAGAACAAGAUUCUGGAAUUCUGUCUUUCUGUAGGGGAACAACUUGGA